CUGGAUACAGCCCGUCUGUGGAAGGGAAAAGAACACUUUGCCUACUAAUUAUCACGUGCGGCCUCAGCUCGCACGUCCGAGGUUCCAUACAGGAGCAAUCUUAGCUCUGCUGCAUAGAAUUCCGCUGUCAUGCAAUUGCCACCUUGAAGUGGACAACGUGGCGGGGUAUUUAAACAUCGAGAUCUCCUUUUCUUCCAACUAUCCGAGAGUCCAAGUGUUUAUCGAUAUACACUAAAUAUCUGUAUCAUUCACAACUCUCCUCCUUAACUCAACCCUCGGACACAUAUAAACUUACAAAAAUGGCACGUUCUUCUGGUCGUCGUUCUGCCCCAGCCAGGUCUUCUGCUCCUCCACGUAGAAGUGCUCACACCGCCGCAGCACCAGCUGCUCCAAGACAGCAGCCAGUGCAAGCUGCCACCCAGCCGCAGCAAAGAUCGCCAGGUCUUUUUGGUACCAUGGCUUCGGUCGCUGCCGGUUCUUCUAUCGGACAUGUUAUCGGGCACGGUAUCACUGGUAUGUUCGGUGGCAACCGUGAAGUGGAUUACGCGGAGCAGCCAGUUGCCCAGGCGCAGCAAAAUCAAGAGCAAGCACAGCACUGUGACGGAGCCGCGAUGAACUUCACGAGAUGCUUGGAAGAAAACGGCGGGAACAUGCAAAUCUGCGAUUACUAUUUGCAGCAGUUGAAGGCCUGUCAACAGGCGGCUGCGCAGUAUUAAACAAGCGCCUACUCCUUUUCUCUCGCCUUAGACCACUUCUCUUAGAGCUCUCCGAUGUAAAUAGCCUGUAAUAAUACGUAUCACUUCAGAAAAGGUACGGCCAUUUCGCAGUCGCCUCAUGUACAAAAACGAUUUAUGUGGCAUGUUUGUUUAC